AUGACCGUACAUGAACACAAGCAAGCAGCAGUCGAAAGCUUUCUUGCUGCACGUUCAGGACCAAAGGAGGACUUCGAGAUGUACUCUGCAUUGGCCUUGGCCUUGUUGGCUGUUCUGCAGCCAGCUUUUGGUCAAGAUGUUUCUUCCGCUGACGAGCUACCGUUUACCAUUUCACCAGACACGAUCGAAGGUGAUCCCGACUACAUCCCACCUUUGUUCCCAAUCCUCCCAUUCAAUCAGUAUGCUCAAAAUCCGAUCUUAUCUCCAAACCCGGCGAACAACUGGGAGUCUGCUUUCCUCUACAAUCCCACAGCAAUCGUCCUAAACGAGACCAUCUUCCUCCUCUACCGUGCCCAAAACGCAUCCAAGACCAGCAGCGUUGGCCUCGCCUGGAGCACAGACGGCUACUCUUUCACCCGUCUGAACAGUCCCAUCCUCUACGCCACAGAACCCUGGGAAGCCGGCGGAGGCACAGAAGACCCACGCAUCACCCGCGUCAACGGAACAUUCUACCUCACCUACACCGGCUAUAACCUAACCUCUCCACAACUCUGCAUCGCCACAUCUACGGACCUCCUCACCUGGACAAAAUACCCUCCUCUCUUCCCAAACUGGCAAGAUGUCGCAUACUCCGACAUCGACAUUCCAGAACCACGUUUCAAUCAUUCAAAAUCCGCCGCUAUCACGAAUGAGAAAGUCGAUGGGUUAUACCAUAUGUACUGGGGCGAUAGCUUCAUCUACAAAGCUACGAGUCCAGAUAUGUUGAAUUGGACAACUUUGUCUGCUUCGCAGUAUUUCGCUGAGCCUGUGUAUCCUUGGGAGAAUCGGCUGAUUGAGCCUGGGCCGGCACCGAUCAAGACGAGAGAUGGGCGAUGGAUUUUGGUGUAUAACGGUGCAACGUCCGGAAGGGUUGGGUAUCCGGGUGCGCAGUAUGGGGUUGGGCAGAUGUUGGUUGAUCCUUCCGGGGCAUUCAGGCCAACGGUCAACACGAGUCUGGAGAAUCCUGUUACUGGCGGCACGUAUCAGCCUGCGUUGAGAGAUGGGCCGGUGGCGAGGAUCGAAAGGCCGAUGGUCUUUCCCAGCACGCCGGAAGAGACAGAGGGACAGGUCAAUCGCGUGACCUUUGCAGAGGGCCUGGUGCAGUUUAAGGGCAAGUGGUUCCUGUACUUCGGUCAGGCAGAUAGCACAUUGGGUGUUGCUGUUGCGGAUGUGCAACCGCUCUAUGGGAAUGAGGCGUGA